AUGGAGCCUGACAAAGAUUUAUCUCAAUACCCAGCACUACCUAGCGAGGACAAGACCAAAGUAUCCGCUGCAAUUGAUCCGACCCUCCGUAGCGACUCCAGCGAUGCAGAAUCCAACAAUUCCAGCGAGAUGCGAAGGGUUGCGAUGCCAGAGGCUUCGCUCUCGAUCUCGGAGCAGGAACCAACUUCUACAAUGUCUAAGGGCAGCACAGCGCCUCGUAGCCACCCAGCAGUGGACGCUCUGCGUCAAUCUCCAGUCGUUGAGUUGCAUCGCAGCUCCAGUGGACGGAAUCUGCGGCUCAAACAUUUAUCGGUAGCGGACGGAGCGUUAUUGUCGGCACCGAAUGCGUUAACACCUCGAGCACCUUCUGGAAGGAGACCAGAGCGACGAGAGCGUCUACACAGCGCCGAUUGCUACAACAAUACACCCAGCAGUAACAACGACCGUAUUUUACAGCGAAGCAGCAGCUUUUCCAUCUCUGCUCAUGUACUGAAAGACCUCGAACGGCCAGUAGGACUUGUAGAGCUAUGUGAAAGGCCAGAACAUCGUACUGACCACGAGGAGGACCAACAACGAGAAGAUAGCAGUGACGAGAGUGAGGACAUCCCGUGGGAUGCACAUGACGAUAUUCCGUAUAAUAAUUCCGAGGUUUUUGAGCAAGUGGUGCAAGAACAAGAAGCUCAGAUCGAGAACAAGACAGUCUCGAAUUUUGGGCUUUGGGGCAAAGCCGCCAAGAGCAAAUGUUUGCCCGAUGCGAUUAUUUUUUCAGGUUCCAGUGCCGAGGAGUCAAAACCCACACAGAGUCUUUCAUCUUCUGCGUCAUUAUCAAGUAGCAACGAGCCUCUGGAGACUAAAGGAAGCCGAAGUACGAACGAGAUGCCGACGCCUAGUGAAUUGGUCUCUCAGUUGCAUCUGACACAUCCACAUCUAGCAACUUUACCAGUGUUAGACAUGAUGCCCCAGUCGAUGUCGCUUACAAGGUCGACUUCGCCACGCAUCAGACGUCCAGCAAACUUUUCCUCGUUUCCAGAAGUUUCACAUCGACGGGAGACAAUAUCACCGUUAAAUAACCAGCAAGUGGAGACAGAAACUGAUACGAACGCGACAGUCGUGAGCAACCCCAUCACGCAGUGGAAACGAGGUGAACUCAUUGGUGAAGGAACUUUCGGAAAGGUUUACAAAGGAUUGAAUAUUGCCACGGGCGAGCUGUUUGCACUGAAGGAGAUUGAGAUUCAUUCGCGUCCUAACGACGAUCAGGUCACUCAGAUGCAGAAACUUGGCGAGGAGAUCUCGCUCAUGAAUAAUCUCAACCACAAGCACAUUGUUCGCUACCAGGGAAGCCAUCGAUCUGAGAAUCAUUUUUACAUUUUCAUGGAGUAUGUCCCUGGUGGAUCCAUAGCCAGUAUGCUUAAGCAGUUUGACGCCUUUAGUGAAGAUCUCAUUCGGAUUUUUACACGACAAAUCGUACAGGGUGUUGCUUAUCUGCACGAAAUGGGUAUCAUUCAUCGUGAUAUCAAAGGUGCAAAUGUGCUGGUAAAUGAGCAAGGAGUGUCCAAGUUAGCCGAUUUUGGUUGUUCGAAGCAAAUUCCCCAAAUGUUGACCACAAGUUUAGAGGAAUCUCUGCGUUCGAUUCGAGGGUCCAUUCCGUGGAUGGCACCUGAAGUCGUCAAACAAAUUGGUCAUGGGUACAAGGCUGAUAUUUGGAGUAUCGGUGCUACUGUUAUCGAGAUGGCUACUGCUAAGCAUCCAUGGCCACACUGUCAUAACGGCCUAGCGGCUAUGUAUACUAUCGCGAUGGCUACAGCGCCACCUCCACUGCCAGAACAUUUGUCACUGGAGGCAAAAUCGUUUCUUCAACGCUGUUUUUGCAUCAACCCGGAAGAGCGAGCAACCGCAUUAGAGCUCGCUAAGCACCCUUUCUUGGCUGAAAAGAGGUAA